CCCACGGCCACGGCCACAUCCCGCCGCGAGAGGGGGCGGAGCAAGCGUAAGCGACUGACACGCGCAGGCUCAGCUACUCAACCCGGAGCCGCUUGCUCUGGCCGGCGCCGGUAGGUUGCUGCUGAGGUGAGGGCCGGGCGGAGCAGGGCGGUCCCCGCCGUCUGGGCGUAGGCCUGGGACCCCUGUCCGCGAAAGCUGCACCUCAGGGCUCCUCGCGUUCAUUCUGUGGCCUCUUGGCCUGGACUGCUCUGUGGUUCUUGUCCCGCCCACACCUUUUCCCGGCCGGUCCGAGGCCCAAGGCCACCUUGGGCCGCCGUGCGCCGAGGCCGUGCAGCUGAGGAAGGGCGCGGAGUCACCUUUAACUCCACCCUGUUGCCUAGGCCGCCCGCGCCGUCCAGCAGCAAACUUUGGCGUCCCUUAAGUUGCAGAGGUGCGUAACCUCUGUGAGGCGGUGGUAGAAGAGAAGGGGCCGAGCAACUGAGCGAAGCUCCAGCGAUCCGAAGCCGGGAGCCAAGAGCUGGGAGGCAGCGCCCGUCUUCCGCACGGAGCUGCGGCCUGCCCUCCGCACUUCCCCCAAGUUUUGCGGCACUGGAGCACUUGGCCCUUGCUGCACUGGAUGCCAUGAGUUGUUAAAAGCCUGCCCGAGAAGCUGCCUUGGGGUGUGGUGUGGGGGGCCCAGCGCCAUGUCGGACCUGCUGCUACUGGGCCUUGUUGGGGGCCUGACUCUACUGCUGUUGCUGACCCUGCUGGCCUUUGCCGGGUACUCAGGCCUGUUGACUGGGGUGGCAGUGAGUGCUGGUUCAUCCCUCAUCCACAACAUCACUGUGGCCUACAAGUUCCAUGUGGGGCCCUAUGGCGACACUGGGCGGCUUUUCACUGAGAGCUGCAGCAUCUCCCCCAAGCUCCGCUCCAUUGCUGUCUAUUAUGACAACCCUCACACGGUGCCCCCUGAGAAGUGCCGCUGUGCAGUGGGCAGCAUCUUAAGUGAAGGUGAAGAGUUGCCUUCCCCUGAACUGAUCUGUCUCUACCAGAAAUUUGGCUUCAAGAUAUUUUCCUUCCCAGCACCCAGCCAUGUGGUAACAGCCGCCUUCCCUUACACCACUGCCCUGUCCAUCUGGCUGGCUGCCCACCGGGUCCAUCGUGCCUUGGACACCUACAUCAAGGAGCGGAAGCUGUGUGCCCACCCUCGGCUAGAGAUCUACCAGCAAGACCAGAUCCAUUUCAUGUGCCCACUGGCACGGCAGGGAGACUUCUAUGUGCCAGAAGUGAAGGAGACAGAGCGGAAAUGCCGGGGUCUUGUGGAGGCCAGUGAUACCCAAGUGGAUGAUGCAGGAGCUGACACAAUGAGUGACACCAGUUCUGUAAGCCUGGAGGUGAGCCCUGGCAGUCGGGAUACGUCAGCCACCACUCUGUCCCCUGGGGUGAGCAGCCGAGGCUGGGAUGAUGGUGAUCACCGCAGCGAGCACAGUUACAGCGAGUCAGGCGCCAGUGGCUCAUCCUUUGAGGAGCUAGACCUGGAGGGAGAGGGGCCCUUGGGAGAGUCACGGCUGGAACCUGAGGACAAACCUCUAGGAGCCACUUCAGGACCUCAGUUCCCCUGAGAAGGGUGAGGAGUAUUCUGUGACCUGCAACCUCCUGUGAUACAGUUGCUAAGGAACUGAGCAAGCUCUCCAGCCCGUUUUCUCCGUUCCUUCUCCAGACUGAUCUGGGGGUCACUGGGGGUCUGACCUCUCCCACCCUAGGUCUGUAGCUAAGCCCUUUUGGCCUCCAAGGCCAAAGAUGCCAAGGACUAUUUACAUCACCCCUUGGACUGCCACCCCUGUCAUCUUUUUUCAGACUCACAUUGGAGCUUCCAGAAUCCAGAAUAAAACAAAUGAUUUUCUUGUUUCAUCUUGA